GCCGAGAGCACCAUCGGGUACGUGGAACGGAAUCGACGGAACGAAUGGUUCGUCGAAGAGUGCAGAACGGUUUUGGAGGAGAAGAACGCAGCGAGGGCGGCACGGUAAAGGCUGGGUAUGCUGCGCAAUUCAGAUCCCAUUGUGAUCCACUAGCCUCUGCCCAGCAACUCCUAUCCCUACCUCCACGCGGUACCGGCCGGAAACUAUGAGCAACCUUAGGGAAGAUCGGGUAACCAACCCCGGUGGGAACUUUGGUCGUAGGCUGACAGGGAAGGGGGGGUUUGCUUCGGCAAACCUGAGCGUCUGUUCUCCAGGAGGAGCGGCUCACAACAGCGUCUGAUCCCCAUGUUAGGGGCGGCUGAUCUACGUCCGAGUGCCAGGGAAGGACUCUAAGCUCAACUGUGCACUAUGGUCCUCCGGAAAGUAGGGGGUUGGUGUCAGGCCCUACGAGCCAGCCGUAAAAAACCAUUGUAACGGAAAAUCAACAACAGAAUAAUACGAACCGAGACCAACGGCAACGACCCCAGCGAACAAAAAGGACUUGCGAUUGGAAACUCGGUACGUGGAACUGCCGAUCUCUCAACUUCAUUGGGAGCACCCGCAUACUCGCCGAUCUACUGAAGGACCGCGGGUUCGGCAUCGUAGCGCUGCAGGAGGUGUGUUGGACAGGAUCCAUGGUGCGAACGUUUAGAGGUAAUCAUACCAUUUACCAGAGCUGCGGCAUCACACGCGAGCUGGGAACAGUUUUCAUCGUGAUGGGUGAUAUGCAGAGGCGCGUGAUCGGUUGGUGGCCGAUCGACGAAAGAAUGUGCAGGUUGAGGAUCAAAGGCCGAUUCUUCAACUUCAGCAUAAUAAACGUGCACAGCCCACACUCCGGAAGUACUGAUGAUGACAAGGACGCAUUUUACGCGCAGCUCGAACGUGAGUACGAUCGCUGCCCAAGCCACGACGUCAAGAUCAUCAUAGGUGAUUUGAACGCUCAGGUAGGCCAGGAGGAGGAAUUCAGACCGACGAUUGGUAAGUUCAGCGCCCACCAGCAGACGAACGAAAACGGCCUACGACUCAUUGAUUUCGCCGCCUCCAAAAAUAUGGCCAUACGUAGCACUUUUUUCCAACACAGCCUCCCUUAUCGUUACACCUGGAGAUCACCACAGCAGACGGAAUCUCAAAUCGACCACGUUCUGAUUGACGGACGGCACUUCUCCGACAUUAUCGACGUCAGGACCUAUCGUGGCGCCAACAUCGACUCCGACCACUAUCUGGUGAUGGUCAAACUGCGCCGAAAACUCUCCGUCAUCAACAAUGUACGGUACCGGCGACCGCCACGGUACAACCUAGAGCGACUGAAGCAACCGGAUGUCGCCUCAGCAUACGCGCAGAAUCUCGAAGCCGCGUUGCCAGACGAGGGCGAGCUCGAUGAGGCCCCUCUAGAGGACUGCUGGAGUACAGUGAAAGCAGCCAUCAACGACGCAGCCGAGAGCACCAUCGGGUACAUGGAACGGAAUCGACGGAACGAAUGGUUCGACGAAGAGUGCAGAACGGUUUUGGAGGAGAAGAAUGCAGCGAGGGCGGUAAUGCUGCAGCAAGGGACUCGACAGAACGUGGAACGUUAUAAACAGAAGCGUAAACAGCAGACCCGCCUCUUUCGGGAGAAAAAGCGCCGCCUGGAAGAAGCGGAGUGUGAAGAAAUGGAACUGCUGUGCCGUUCCCAAGAAACACGGAAGUUCUAUCAGAAGCUCAACGCAUCCCGCAACGGCUUCGUGCCGCGAACCGAUAUCUGCAGGGAUAAAGACGGAGGCCUCUUGACGGACGGACGUGAGGUGAUCGAAAGGUGGAAGCAGCACUUCGAUCAGCACCUGAACGGCGUGGAGAACGUAGGCACGGGAGCCCACGGCAACGGAGGAAACGACGACGCCAGUGCAGCGGAGGACGGAAAUGAACCAACUCCCACACUGAGGGAAGUUAAGGAUGCCAUUCACCAACUCAAAACCAACAAAGCAGCUGGUAAGGAUGGUAUCGCAGCUGAACUCAUGAAGAUGGGCCCAGAAAAGUUGGCCACCUGUUUGCAUCGGCUGAUAGUCAGGAUCUGGGAAACCGAACAGCUACUGGAGGAGUGGAAGGAAGGGGUAAUCUGCCCCAUUCACAAGAAAGGCGACCAUUUGGAAUGUGAGAACUUCAGGGCGAUCACUAUUUUGAAUGCUGCCUACAAAGUGCUAUCCCAGAUCAUCUUCCGUCGCCUGUCACCUAAAACAAAUGAGCUCGUGGGAAGUUAUCAAGCCGGCUUCAUCGACGGCCGGUCGACAACGGACCAGAUCUUUACCGUACAGCAAAUCCUCCAGAAAUGCCGUGAAUACCAGGUCCCAACGCAUCACCUGUUCAUCGACUUCAAAGCGGCAUACGACAGUAUCAACCGCGCAGAGCUAUGGAGAAUCAUGGACGAAAACGGCUUUCCUGGGAAGCUGACUAGACAGAUUAAAGCAACGAUGGACGGUGUGCAAAACUGCGUAAGGGUUUCGAGUGAACUAUCCAGUUCAUUUGAAUCUCGCCGGGGACUGAGACAAGGUGAUGGACUCUCAUGCCUACUCUUCAACAUCGCUCUGGAAGGUGUAAUGCGACGAGCCGGGCUCAACAGCCGAGGAACGAUUUUCACAAAAUCCAGUCAAUUUGUGUGCUUUGCGGACGACAUGGACAUUAUUGCAAGAACAUUUGGAACGGUGGCAGAACUGUACACCCGCCUGAAACGCGAAGCAGCAAAGGUCGGACUGGUGGUGAAUGCCUCAAAAACAAAGUACAUGCUGGUAGGCGGAACCGAGAACGACCGGAUCCGUCUGGGUAGUAAUGUUACGAUAGACGGGGAUACUUUCGAGGUGGUGGAGGAAUUCGUCUACCUCGGAUCCUUACUAACGGCUGACAACAACGUGAGCCGUGAAAUUCGGAGGCGCAUCAUCAGCGGAAGUCGGGCCUACUACGGGCUCCAGAAGAAACUGCGGUCGAAAAAGAUUCACCCACGCACCAAAUGCACCAUGUACAAAACGCUAAUAAGACCGGUAAUCCUCUACGGGCACGAGACAUGGACCAUGCUCGAGGAGGACCUGCAAGCACUCGGAGUUUUCGAGCGACGCGUGCUAAGGACGAUCUUCGGCGGUGUGCAGGAGAACGGUGUGUGGCGGAGAAGAAUGAACCACGAGCUCGCUGCACUUUACGGCGAACCCAGCAUCCAGAAGGUGGCCAAAGCCGGAAGGAUACGGUGGGCAGGGCAUGUUGCAAGAAUGCCGGACAACAACCCUGCAAAGCUGGUGUUUGCAACUGAUCCGGUUGGCACAAGAAGGCGUGGAGCGCAGAGAGCACGAUGGGCGGACCAGGUGGAGCGUGACUUGGCGAGCAUCGGGCGCGACCGAGGAUGGAGAGCGGCAGCCACGAACCGUGUAUUAUGGAGAAAUAUUGUUGAUUCAGUUUUAUCUUGAAUUUGAUGUAAUACUAAAUAAAUGAAUGAAUGAAUGAA